CUCCUCUGCCAGCACACAUCUGCUGCUCAGGAGAUGGGACCCUGAUCCAGAGAGGGAGCGCUUCAUGCCUCGCAGAUCAGACGCCACAGAAUGGCUCGCUGCGUCGCAGUGUUGUGAGGGAGGAAGUGAAAGGGAAACGCCACCAGCAGAGUGUUUAUGUGUUCCUUCCCCGGGGUUGCUGAGCUGAUGCUUUCCCCCCAAGCUUGAAGCGAUGUCCCAGUGCGGGUGCAGGCAGGUCCUGCUCGGUCUGGAGCUGGGCAUGCUGGUGGCGGUCCUGGUGGCCGGGACUGCGGGACAUAUCCAUGACAGGAGGGAGGCAGGGUCGUCCUGCUACGGGGGAUUUGACCUCUACUUUGUUUUGGACAAGUCUGGCAGUGUGCAACAUUACUGGAAUGAGAUAUAUUAUUUUGUUGACCACUUAGCACACAAGUUUAUAAGUCCUCAGCUGCGGAUGUCUUUUAUUGUGUUUUCAAGAGAAGGGACGACUCUCAUGGCUCUAACAGAAGACAGAGAGCAGAUUCGAGCAGGACUGGAGGAGCUACGCAUGGUGCAGCCCGGCGGAGACACCUUCAUGCACAGAGGUUUUCAAAGAGCCAGUGAGCAAAUAUACUACGGGACGGGAGAUGGUUACCGGACAGCCAGUGUCAUCAUUGCCCUGACAGAUGGUGAACUGAGAGAAAAUCAGUUUGACUUGGCACAAAGAGAGGCCAGCAGAGCACGGCAGUUGGGAGCCACCGUGUACUGUGUGGGAGUAAAAGACUUCAACGAAACCCAGCUUUCCACAAUAGCGGACAGUAAGGACCAUGUCUUCCCUGUGAAUGAUGGAUUUCAGGCACUACAGGGGGUCAUUGACUCGAUCCUGAAGAGAUCAUGCAUUGAGAUCCUGGCCGUGGAGCCGUCCAGUAUCUGUGAAGGAGAAUCCUUUCAGGUUGUAGUCAAAGGAAAUGGUUUCCUUUACGCCAGAGAUGUACAGAAGGUUCUCUGCAGCUUCCGCAUCAACGACACCGACGCUUUGAUGGAAAGGCCGUUGGUGGUGAGGGAUACCUACCUCUUGUGCCCAGCUCCUGUUCUGGAAAAACAGGGAACGUCCGCCACGCUCCACGUCAGCAUGAAUAAUGGCCUGAGCUUCAUAUCGAGCUCCGUCACAAUAACUGCAGUCACUUGUUCUGAUGGGACCUUUGUGGCCAUCGCUCUGCUCAUCCUGAUGCUCCUGCUCACCAUCCUGCUGCUGUGGUGGUUCUGGCCUCUCUGCUGCACUGUGGUCAUCCAUGAGCCACCUCCCCCGGAAAUAGAGGACAGCUCUGAUGAUGAGGAUGGUUUUCCCAAGAAGAGGUGGCCCACUGUGGACGCCUCAUACUACGGAGGACGUGGCGUUGGAGGCAUCAAGAGAAUGGAGGUCCGUUGGGGCGAUAAAGGCUCCACUGAAGAAGGAGCCAAACUGGAGAAAGCUAAAAAUGCUCGCGUUGUGAUGCCGGAACAGGAGUUUGACUUUCCUCCAUCGAAGUCGUACUACAACACGCACAAAUCUGCUCGCUCACAGAAGUGGUACUCUCCCAUCAAGGGCAAACUGGACGCUCUGUGUGUGUUCCUGAGAAGAGGCUACGACCGAGUGUCUGUGAUGCGACCUCAUCCCGGAGACAAGGGCCGCUGCAUAAACUUCACCCGAAGCAAACCCUUAUCCUACCCUGCUACACGCUACCCCAUCUACAACCAUCCGUCCACACCUGUCUACACUUUGCCCCACACUUACCAGCGCCGCCCGUCAGAGGGCAGCCCACUCUUCAAUUUGCCCCCCUCGCCGACUUCAACGCUCCCGCCUCUGCCGACCACUCCUCCUCCGUCCUCCACCAGCCCUCCCAUGUACACUCCGCCUCCAAACAGAGCCCUGCCCCCGGGCAACACCAGCUCCAUCUCUGCGCCGCCGUCUCCGACUGGCUCUCUGCCGCCUCCACCUCAGGGGCCACCUCCUUGUCGAGCACCUCCUCCGUCGCGCCCUCCUCCACGCCCCAAUCAUGAUGACGACGAUGACGACGAUGAUGAUGAUGAUGAUGAUGGAGAGUGGAGCAGCUGAGGAGCAGGAUCCAAGCUCAGGAUGGAAAGUUACAAAGACCCUUUCACUGUGUCUCUGUUGAAAUUUGCCCAAACAGAAUACGAAUUAAAGUGACUGUGAUUCAACACCUGCACAGUGAAAACAAUGAACUCUGUUUUCCUCCACAAGUGUCUCACGUGUUAUGUGCCACAAACAAUGACUUAUUUUUUUAAGUCUAGAAAAUGAAUAUUUAGGUAGCACGCAGCUUUGGCUAUUAAAUGCUAUUGUAGUUAGCCUAAUUAGUCACUUCCUAAUGCCAAAUGAAACGACGAUGAACUGGUCAAGAAUAUCAGCGAGCUCUGGAGCUGUAUAAACUCACAUUUUAGCCUUUGCCUGAUAUGAAUUAGAUUUAUUUAUCAAAAAUAUUCUUUCAAUUUUUUGCACAGUGAAACUUUUUUUGGGGGGGGGGGGGGGGUUGGAUCCCAGUGACUCAGCAACUGCUCCAUGUAUUUACAUGCAAGUGCUGUCUUGAAAAUUGCAUUGUUUUGUGACUCAAUGUUGAUUAAAUCACAAAAAUAUUCUGUAUAUGUAUAAAUACAUUGUGUGUGUGUGUGUAUAUAUAUAUAUGUUUCUGGUGUGUGAUUUCAUAAAUGCCGGCAGUUGUAAUUUUACACAUCAAUCGCUUUCUGAUCAACAUGAAAAUGAAGCAUGAUUUUAAAAAACCAGAGACUUCACUGUCAACAAGGAACUCUUUAAAGACACAAGCUACAUCUGUGGCAGUGUCCGACAGAGUGACCUCUGGGAAAUCACACAGACACGGAUUUAGCAGCCGAAAUGGAAGAGAAAUUUGAGGUUGUUUAAUAUCAAUAAAGAAGUGUUUUUCGCUGUA